UCUCUGGCUGUUGUAGUGUGGAGAGACCGACCACCCAUUCGUUUCCUCCCCAAACUGUCCACACACAGCCCUGUCGCUUCAGAUCCCUGAACUGACUGAUAAUGCUCGUAAUGUGGUGCACAAGAACAGCGCUCGGGAGACUGCAGAGAAUCGCCCCGUGUACCGUCACCGGAUCUAAUCGCGCGAUGUCCACGUUACCGAAAGUGUAUGUGACGCGCAAGGUGCCUCCGGACGGACUGGACAUUCUCCGCAAAUCCGGACAGGUGCAGUUUGAGAUGUGGGACUCUGAUGACCCUGUGCCCCGAGUGGAGCUGCUGAAAAAGGUCAAAGGUUGCGAAGGAAUACUGUGUGUGCUCACAGAGAAGAUUGACACACAGCUAUUGAAUGCUGCAGGUCCAAAUCUAAAAGUCGUCAGCACUAUGUCAGUGGGCUUUGAUCAUCUUUCUCUGGAUGAGCUCAAGAAACGGGGAAUCCGUGUAGGAUAUACUCCGGAUGUUCUGACUGAUUCCGUUGCUGAAUUGACAGUUGCCCUGCUGCUCGCUACGUCCAGAAGACUCAUUGAGGCCACACAUGAGGCUAAAACAGGUGGCUGGGGAACAUGGAGAACUUUAUGGCUGUGUGGUCACGAACUAGCAGACAGCACAGUUGGCAUCUUGGGUCUGGGGAGGAUUGGUGUGGCUAUUGCUGAGCGUCUCAAGCCGUUUAAGGUGAAAAAGUUCAUCUACACAGAUGUGGCGCCGAGACCUGAGCUCGCAAAUAUGAUAGAGGCCGAAUAUGUCUCUUUAGAUGAGUUGGCCAAACAGUCUGAUUUCCUGGCCAUAUGCUGUGCUCUGACUCCAGAGACUUAUGGCAUUUGCGAUUGGAAUCUCUUCUCCAAGAUGAAGAAAAACGCCAUCUUCAUCAACACAAGCAGAGGAGGUGUGGUUAAUCAGGAGGACCUGUAUGAAGCCCUGUCCACCGGUCUGAUCGCUGGAGCCGGGCUGGACGUCACCAACCCUGAACCGCUGCCCACACACCAUCCUCUUUUCACACUCAAAAACUGCGUGAUUCUUCCCCACAUUGCCAGUGCUUCCUACACGACACGGAACUCCAUGUCUGCUCUUGCUGCCAACAACCUGCUGGCUGGACUCAGAGGAGAACCCAUGCCUAAAGAACUCAAGCUGUAGAACUGGACCACCAAAUUAGAAUUUAGAUUUUUUUUUUUUUUUUUAUGGGACACAGAGAACAUCUGAAAAAUCUUCACACAGAUAUUUUCCAUACGAGAACAGCUCAUAGUGACCACAACUGUCUAAAAAAAAAGACAAAUUAAGUAUUGACAUGUUAAAGCCAAUUACCAAUAAAGAGCCAGUCUAUAAUUUUGAAUUAACAAAAUAAUCAUUUUCAAUGUUACAAAUGGAUAUGCAUUUUGAGUUGUGCUAAAGAUGACUUAUAACAGCGUUUUUGAUUAUUAGUGGUUUUGAACAUAAGUGUUGAUCUAUUGUGUUAAUUGAUGGCUUUGCAUAAAUAUAGAAAAUGAGCAUCACAAUUAAUAAUGAAAUAUUGACCGAUACCUAUAGUCUAUCAUUGGCCAAUAACUCGUAUAUCCUGCAUCCAUUCAAAAAAUAUUUAAAAUGAGUCUAUAAAUGUCAAAAGUACAACAUAAAUGUCAAACAAAUGAGAAGCAAACUGGACUACAUGGAAUGUGGCUUGGUUUAAAAAAGGCAUAUAGCAUAGUGACAGAAUUGUCUUUUUUAGAUGAAAUAUUCCUUUAAAAGAAUAACAAUGCUGAACCAACGUUUGUGUUGUAACACCAAAAGCCCAGUGUUUGUGAGCACACAGGCAAGGUUCACAGGCUGAGAUCAAUCAUCUACAAAGAGCAAACACUACUGAGAUCCAUGCAAGUCCUUAAAUAUGUGGCCAGCUUGGAACUUUUUAGUCGUCCCUUUUCAAAUAAGAUUAAUACAUGGAUGAAAAGACAGACUGAAUGAAUAGCAUUCUUAAUGACUUUAUUCACUUAAUUCUUCUUUAAGCCAGUGGAAAAAAAUGACAAUGUCUCUAACAAUGUGCGAUUCAUAGCCAUUACACAGACUCACAUUAAUUCAUUCACAUGGUAUCUCUAGAUCUGAGCAUCAAUUUAAAAAAAUCAAAUAAGGCAGUUGGUUUUACUUCCAUUGUGAUUCAGGCCAUUUAAAGAAAAAGUCCUGUAUAAUUAGUUACAUUUAACACAUAUGCACUUACAUUUAAGGUCAACUGCUGUUUGACAAUUAAUGAGUAAAUUGAGAGUUUCAAACAUGUUUUGGAUUUCUGAUAUGCACAGAAUAUUUGCUGAUUAUAUGUGACCCUGGACCACAAAACCAUAAGUGUCAAUUUUUCAAAACUGAGAUUUAUACAUCAUCUGAAUAAGAUUUCCAUUGAUGUAUGGUUUGUUAGGAUCUGAUAAUAUGUGGCUGACGUACAACUAUUUGGAAAUCUGUAAUCUGAUGGUGCAAAAAAGAAAAAAUCGAAAUACUGAGAAAAUCACCUUUAAAAAAUGUUGUCUAAAUGAAGUUGUUAGCAAUGCAUAUUACUAAUCAAAAAUGAAUUUUUGAUAUAUUCACGGGAGGAAUUUUACAAAAUAACUUUAUGGAACAUGAUCUUUGCUUUACUAAUGAUUUUUGGCAUGAAAGAAAAAUGAAUAAUCUUGACCCAUACGAUGGCUAUUAUUUUUGCUAUUGGUGCAAAUAUACCCCAGCAACUUAAAGCUGGUUUUGUGUUCCAGGGUCACAUAUUAGGAGUGUUGUAACACAACUUUUUCAUGAACACUCAAGUGUCAACAUUCAUGCAAAUUAAACAACACCACUCAAAAAUUAAAUAAAGUACCAUAAAUUAGA